AUGAAGUCACCAUCAAAGCAACCAUCACAGAAUAUGCUAUAUAAUGGUGAAGAAGAUUUUUACAAUGACAUGCACCAGCAGGAUGUCAUACCAUUGCAGCUACCAAAGUCCCUGAUGGUGUUUACAAAUGUCACGGAUGCUUCAGACUAUGAGGUGGAUGAUAUUGAAGACUUGUUCGCCGAUAGCAGUGCCAACAGGAAUGAUGCUGAUGGAAUGCAGGGAACAGUGCCGGAUGGUAACAACACUGAGAUGGAUGAACAGGCAACCAGCAUGGGCUAUAGAAAGAGCACCAACCAUCUACCGACUGGUGUGCCAUUCCUAAAGAAUAGUAAGACUAUGACAACGAUAGUGGACAAGUUAGGAAUACACAGCCAUAUCACCAAGUAUUGCUUGUGCACUGAUGCACUGACCGCUGACAUCCAGCUUUGUCAAAUGGAACUAUUUCCAGCAUUCUUUUCCCAACCCAAGACAGUCUUCACCUUUGAGGUACUGGACAAUUUCUUACUGGACAAUUUGGAGUGUGGGACGUCGGCGAUGAAUUAUUAUAACAAGUUAAGAAGAAUGACCACUGCCAUCUUUCCACACCUCAUGCCAGUGAGAUCAUUCAUAAAUCGUCGGCAUGGGGUUAACCACUCUGCAGGACCAUUACUGGGAGCUGAGGAGGGUAGCCAGACAAUGGCGGCAUCUGAAGCUAUUGAAAUAGAAUGGCUUCGGUCAUGA